AUGGAAGUUGAGCGUGAGGCGGAGGUGGAAGUCGAGAUGGAGGCUGAGGUGGGUGAGGGUGAGCGUGGAGAUGAUAGCGCCCUUCUGGAGGAGGUGAGCGGGUGCUCGGCGAGGCUGGUGCGCACCCUGGUGGGGGGAUCGGCGCCCUCCGCGUCGGCCUCUCCCUCCGCCGCGCCUCCUUCGACGCCCGUCCCGCCGAGCCCCAGGAUCGAGGACGGCGAGACGGCGUUCACGCAAGCCCUCGUCACCAUCAUCUACGAGUACCUGUCCGUCGGGAAGCCGCAGGCCAUCACCAACUGGCUGGCCGCGCUGCAGGGCGUUCGUCGCAUCUCCGUGCUGAGCCAGCGCGCCGGCCUCCUGCUGUGGCAAGUGAAGCUGAUCUCCCGGGCUGCCCACUUCCUUUACUCCCUCUCCUCCGCCUCUGCCGCCGCCUAUUCGUCAGGUGGGGAGUCCCUGUCGCCGAUGGAAGUCACCUCACCGACCGACAGCAGCUGCAGCGUCGAGCCCAAUCCGCUGGUGUCAGCUGAGCAGGCCCUCUCCCUCAGCAAGCGCCUCGAAAUGCUCACGGACUCGUGGUUGGAAGAAGUGUCGGAAGAGGUGGUCAGGUACCUCCGUGGAGAGAGGGAGAGGCAGUACUCGGCAAAGUGCGCCUUUACUUUGGUGAUGCGAGACCUCCCUCUGCCCUUGUAUCUACUUGGUGCUGAAGACUUAACAGAUCCACUUACAUUACUGGCUGCCCUGCAAAAGGCCAGAGUGCCUUCCGCUGCCAUUCCACCGCUCAUCAGAAUGUUAUUUUCAUCAGCGUAGACUAUUAUUUGAUUUAAUGAGGGCCACCAGCAACAGCAAUAUAGUAUAGAAUUCAUCAUUAUGUCCAACUGUAAAGUUAUAUUACUUCUAAAAUAAUUUCCGUUGUCUCUGCAGCAGUACAAUGCAUUGUCGAAAUUGAUCAAUUUUCAAAUCAACAUUUUUCAGAGGGAAAAUCAGUAAGUUAUAUAUUAUUGUUAUGUAAUGAAGAUACUUCUUUACUUUUUAUAAUUAAAAAUAACUGAUGUAAA